CAGAUUCCGUUUCGUGUCUUCCGCCCACUACAGCGGAAUGGCAAUUGAUUCGGAACCGGAAUCAGUUAGACAGCGCUUAGUAGAUAGAUUCAUGUCCACCGGCAAUACAGAAUGUCUCCAUCUUUGGGCGUAUAAUACCCGACCAGUAGGAGCACACUGGUUGCUGCUUGCUAUCAACCCUAUAAGGGAAGUCGUGUAUUAUCUGAAUUCGGUAAAUGGUGAAUGGACCAAUUAUCCGGCCAUGAAGGACAUCGUUGAUUUAUCAAUACAAGUGUUCCGAAGUCAACGGGACGCACAGGUAUCCCGAACUAAAUCUAGCAACAUUACUUGGAUCCAAGUGCAGUGUCCGCAACAGAAAAACAGUUACGAUUGCGGAUACUUUGUAUUGAGGUUUUUGAAAGAAAUCCUUCAGGCAAAUCAAUUAGAGAUUCCGCUCACGUACCUUGACGAAUUCCGUGCCGCUGGAUACCCGAGGCUUAAGUUGGAAGAAAUAAAAGAGGAUUUGUGUCAUUUUUAUAUUAAGCGCUUUUUCAUGUAGGAUUUGUG